AUGCCUAUUCGUAUCCACGAUGAGAACCCAGCCUUGACCAAGACCUAUACACAGCCUCGCAAUGCACCGCUUCCUCCACCUCCCAGCGCCAGCAGCCCUCGGAGCAGCACGAGCAGCACGGCGACCCUGUCGAACGAUCCGAGCCGGAGUCAAAAGCCGGGAACAGCCAUCAACCUCGUCACCAUCGCCCACAAAUCCACACCACCCGCGCUCUCCUCGCUCUCCAAACAGUCCUCCACGCCCGCCCUAUUUCCCCCCGUCACAUCAGCGGGGCGGGCCCACAACAUCUUCGCCAAUCUGUUCGCGUGGAUGGUUCUCGUUGCUUUUGUCAUCGCCCCUUGCAACUUCACGGGCUUCCCAGCCGACAGGUCGUUGAUGGUGAGCGACAACGAUGAGCUGUCAUCUAUACCUCUCACCACGUCCUCCACACUCAAGAAGAUCCCCUCCGUCCCUCUGUUGGCGAUCUGCUGCGUCUUUUUCUUCCUCGGCGUCCUCGGCAUGCUCUGGCUCGCGGUUUUUUGGCGACGCAAUUAUAUAUGGUUGAUGAACCGAAUUUACCUUCCUUUAAUCCUCAACAGCCUGGCGGGAUUCAUAGGAACAAUGGUGGUAGUCCAUGUACAGCACGGCUGGCACUGGAGCAUCGCCGCCCUGGUGACCGUAUCAAUUGAGGGCGCCAGCCUAGCCGUCGGACUGAGCUUGUUCGCCUUGUACCAGUACUGGCUCCUAGCCAAGCUGAAGAGGGAACAUUACCGGGAGACCAGCAGGAAGAGGACUGUCGACCUUGUCAAGGCCGGCAAGGCACCGCCCUUUGCGCCAGGAAGUGUUGUCUGA